AUGAUAUUGAUUAUAUUAAUUACAAUAUUAUUACCUGUUUUCUCUAAUUCUAUCAAUCAUACAAUAUAUAAUUAUGAUGUUACUAUGGAAUUACAUUCAAUUAUACGUCCUGAUAUUGAAAUUUCUGUUAUUAUUAUGGCAUGUUUAGUAUGUUUUAUAGUAACUAUUGGUAUAAUAGGUAAUGUAUUAGUUAUAUGUGUAUUAACAUGUAAUCAAACACGUAUGGUAUAUGAAACAUUUUGUGUUGGUUUAGCUGUAACCGAUUUAAUUUAUUUAACAAUGACAAGUCCUAUAACUGUUAUGCAAUAUUUUUUAAAAAGUUGGAUAUUUGGUAUAUUUUGGUGCAAAGUAUUCAAUUUUAUUGUACAAGUGACGGUGUUUUCAUCAGCUUUCAUGUUACUUGGUCUAACAACAAGUCGAUUUUUAGCUGUUGUAUUACCGUGGCAAAACUUAAAAAUGACAGAGAUGCAAGCUAAAUUAGUAUGUCUAGGAGCAUGGCUAGUUGGGAUUAUAUUUGCUUUACCAAUAAUUAUAUUUCAAGUAUUAAUACCAGCACCAAGGGAUGACAUAUUACCGGAUAAUAUCACAUUACUUAACACUACUUCUACAGAUAUAUCAAUUAAUACUUAUCAUUUAACAGAGAUGCCACAGAUAUAUACUUCAACAAGUAAAACUACUCAUGAUUUAAUUAAAACUUAUCUUAAUAUCAAUAAUAAUAAUAAUAAUAAUAAUAAUUAUAAUCAAGAAGUAUUUUGUCGAGAACAAUUUCCAACUCAAUCAAGUCGUAUGGGUUAUCAACUAUUUGUUCUACUUUCAACUUAUGUACUACCAUUUGCAUGCAUUCUAAUUUUAAAUUCUUGUAUCGUACUAAAAUUAAAACAAAAAAAUGUGGCAGAACGAGAAGCAAACAAAUUAAAACGUACUUCUUUGCAUGACAGUUCGAUUUAUACCAGAAACAACAAUAGCAGUAUUACCAAUAAUAUCAGUAACACUAAUGAAUCAUUUAAUUCAAGUCGAAAAUCAACAAAUUGGUUAGGAAAGAAACGAAGAUUAUUUAGUAUACAACAACAAUGUGGAUCACAUAGGUCUGAUGAGAUACAUGAAAAUAUUUCCCACAAUUAUGAAAAUCAUCCUCAUCAUCGUCGCCAACAACAACAACAACAACAUUUAGAACAACAAUCAUCUGGUGAUACUACAAUAUCAGAUUAUAAUACUAAUACAACUAGUAAUAUUGGAACUGGGUAUCGUUCUAGUACAAAAAAUUCUAUACAAAAAUGUGAUUUCCAUGAAAAUAUACAACAAAAUCCAAAUGAAUUAAUACGUGCUACAAGAGAAUUAAAGAAAAAACGUUUACGUUCUAAAGCAACUAAACUAGUUGUAUUAGUUACUACUUUAUGGGGUGUAUGUUGGUUACCAACACAUAUAAUUAAUUCAUGGUUCUUUUUUGAUGAAGCUAGUUUUCCAUUUGUACCAGCAAUGAAAAUAGCAAAAUUAUUAUCACAAACAUUAUCAUUUGCUGCAUCAUGUGUAAAUCCUGUUGUGUAUACUAUAUUAACUGGAUCAUUUAAAACAGCUUUAUCAAAUCGUUUAUUACGUUUUAGAAAACGUAAUAAACAUAAUGAUCAUACAAAAUCUGAAAUAUUAUAUGUUACUGAAUAA